UUUUUGUCCAUUUUGCCGUGCUCACUUCGUCACUCUCACCGUCUCCUCGCAUCCCCGCCAGUACCGCCCCCCUCCUCUCUUCAAUGUCAAAUACCCUCUCUCGCAUGCCUCCUCCUCUCAAAAACCCUAACUUCCUUCACUUCCUGUUUUCCCAAAAUGUCGUCCCACUUCCUCUCUAAUUCCCCUUCUACCCCUACCACCAAGGCCUCCGAUCGCCAAAACGACACCUCCGUUUCUCUCCCCUCAACCUCCACCUCAUCUUCUAUUUCCCCAGAUAUGUGGAAUUACCUUUGGAUCCCUUUCUUAAUCUCGCUCUCUAAAGAGCUAACCCUAGCUCGAUCAGCAACAGCUAUAACUUCUCCUUCGAUUCUCCUCCCGAGUCAACUCGUCGAUGACUCGCCUUCGGCGCCUAGGUGUCCGGCGUCCGACACAAAUCUGAAUUACCGUCCGGUGAUUGGAAUUUUGAGUCAUCCGGGGGACGGUGCCUCCGGGAGGCUUAAUAACGCGACGAACGCUUCGUAUAUUGCGGCGUCGUACGUGAAGUUUGUCGAAUCAGCUGGUGCUAGGGUUAUUCCAUUGAUUUAUAACGAGCCAAGAGAGAUUCUUUUUGAGAAGCUCAAUCUGGUAAAUGGAGUGCUCUUUACUGGAGGUUGGGCUAAAACUGGUUUGUACUUCGACACUGCGAAGGCAAUUUUCAAGGAAGUUUUAGCAAGGAAUGAUGCAGGCUUCCAUUUCCCAGUGUAUGCCAUCUGCUUAGGCUUUGAAAUUCUGACAAUGAUCAUUAGUGAGGACAAUCAAAUUCUGGAAACAUAUAAUGCAACUGAUCAGGCUUCUACUCUUCAAUUUAUGGAAAACAUAAGUAUCGAAGGAACUGUGUUUCAGAGAUUUCCUCCAGUUUUGCUUAAAAAGUUGAGUACAGAUUGCCUAGUCAUGCAAAACCAUCAUUAUGGCAUCUCACCACAACGGUUUCAGGAAAAUGAACAUCUAUCUAGUUUCUUUGAGAUCCUGACUAAUAGUGCAGAUGAAGAUAACCAGGUUUAUGUCUCCACUGUACAAGCACGCAACUAUCCUGUGACUGCCUUCCAAUGGCAUCCCGAGAAAAAUGCUUUUGAAUGGGGGUUAUCAAUGAUUCCACACUCAGAGGAUGCCAUUCAAGUGACCCAACAUGUUGCCAACUUCUUUGUUAGUGAAGCUAGAAAGUCCUUGAACAGGCCACCUGCUCGGAGGGUACUUGACAAUUUAAUUUACAAUUACAGUCCCACAUUUUGUGGGAAAGCUGGGAAGGGAUAUGAUGAAGUUUACAUCUUCGCAGAACCAGAAACACCGAACAAUACGAGGUGUGCAGUGCAUGGUAAUUGUCAUGGACGUGUGAAGUUGUAAAUAUUUAAGACUCAGCACUGAAGUCUGAACACAUAAAUUGUAUCAUUGUCGACAAUGUAAAGCUUAAGAUCGAACUGAACUAAGUGCAUUUGUUAAUAAUUCAAGACAUGAUGGUUUGUGUUCGCAAA